CUUUAUUUACUGCUACAUAGAUACUCCAGUUAGCUCCAGGAAGUAAUAUGUAUGUUAUUUCCAGUCAAACCAUGGAUGCGCUGAGUGUCAACGGAGACUGCAUGUUACCGGUUCAUCGCGAGUUGAUCCAACUACAUGGUCAAAAGCUAGUAAGUGCAGCGCUUGGAUCAUCCGCCUGUAUGUAGCCACAUAUGCACGAUUACAGACUCUGACAAGAUCCUGAAUGGACACAUUAUUGCCGGCGAAUCGCGUUCAAGCUGCUUGGGGGUGAACCGGUGCAGUGUAGUUCGAAGGCGGGUGAGAGAGCGGCACUGAUUCGGCAUCUGGCAAUACUCGGCACAAAAAUUUCGCGCUUUCGGCGUCGCGUUUCUUUCCAGUUUGUCUCCACCAAAUUCCAAACACCAUGUCCGCUAUUCGUGCUCUCCGUCAACUUUCGACUGUGUCUUCACGCUCAACAGUCUUUCGGUCAACCUCUUUCGCUGUUCGAGCCCGUUUGGCUUCAUUACAAGUGCCUUCGAGAGCCUUUUCUGUGUCUGCUAGGUCUUUCGGCCAGGGAACUGCCGAUGUUGCCCUUUCAAAUAAGCUCACGGAAGAGAUGAAAUACGAAAAGGAAUCCAUGACCGACUCACCUAAAGAGGCAGCAGAUAUUUUAGAACAGUUCAAGGCGCAGGGUAAAUGGCAGAUUGAGGACACUUCUUUCAAUGACGAAGUGACGCUCACCCGGACGUUUGGCAACGAAAACCUUCGUCUCACCUUCUCUAUUGUUGAUAUUCGGGGAGAACAGGAAGACUUUGACAAUGAGACAGCUUCGGAAGAAAAUGAUGAGGACGGUUCUCAAGAGGAGGAAGUCCUCAAUACUUACCCCAUUCGCGUCUCGCUAACUGUAACCAAGUCAAGCACUCCUGGUUCCCUGGCCAUUGACAUGAUGUGUCAGGAAGGUCAAUUCGUUGUCGAUAACAUUGCCUAUUAUAAGGACGGUAGUCUGGCCACCGAUUUAACGGCGGAAGCUGAUUGGAAACGAAGGGGAAUCUAUAUGGGCCCCCAGUUUGAUACACUUGACAUUGGUCUUCAAGAAGAAUUCGACAAGUUUUUGCAGGAGCGCGGGGUUGACCAAACACUUGCCUUGUUCAUUCCAGAGUAUGCUGAACAUAAGGAACAAAGAGAGUACGUGAGUUGGCUCGAAGGUGUCAAGGGUUUUGUCGACGCUUGAAGGAUGGCCUAUUCGUGUCAUAAUUUCAGGUCCCAAGAUUAUGUUUCCAAAAGGGCCAGUUGUUGUCCAUCCUUAUUAUCUUAUUAAUGCAUUUCAUUGCCAUUGCAUACUAUCAUCUAUCCAUACGUUCACAUGUUCAUGACGCUAUCAUAGUAAUCAUACCCCAUCUCCCUGUAUUUCAUCAAUCGUUCAGUGUCCAGCCCACAGGCCUCAGGCCUCAGACCUGCAGGAGCCGUCAGUCCAAGUGGUUUGGUCUAAGCUUAGAAAGAAUAUUUUGUUCUCACAAAAAUUCCAUUGUUCUCGUCAUCGGUCAGAGUGUGUGAUACGUGUUCACCCGACUCGAC